GCUCCCAACGUCCUGCUGUGCUGCCUCGCAGCUUAAGGAGGGCGCGGCCCUGCGGCGGUGCGCCCACUCCCAUCCCAACGCGUGCCGACGCCCCCUCGGCCAUCCUUGCGCGCGUCCGGCCCCGCCCCCGCCCCCGACGUGCCCCCGCGCGCCGCGCCCCCCGCCCACCCGGCACGCCCCGCCGCCCCGCCCGGCCGCAGCGGGCCUGGAGCAAGCCGGAGGGCCUGAGCGACCCUCGCAGCGGCAACGUCUUUCUCCGCCGCUCGCCGCCAUGGACGUGUACCCGCCGCACCGGCUGGGGCUGCCCCGCACGCGGUCCCCCGGCGGCCCCGGCCGCGGGUCGCCCUCAGUCAGCUGUAGCCGACUCCGCAAGGUUCAGAGCAUCUUGACCCAGAGCAGCAAGUCUCAACCUGAUGGGAUCCUCUGCAUCCUAGGGAUCGAUAGCAGGUACAAUGAAGGCUGCAGAGAGCUGGCAAAUUACCUUCUCUUUGGUUUGUACAAUCAGAAUACAUGUGAUUUUGAGAAAACAGGAUUUUCUGAAGAAGUUCUAGAUGAUGUAAUUAUAUUGAUUAAAUCAGAUAGUGUCCAUCUGUACUGUAAUCCUGUCAACUAUCGCUAUCUCUUACCCUAUGUGGCACAUUGGAGGAAUCUGCAUUUCCACUGCAUGACUGAAAAUGAGUAUGAAGAUGAGGAAGCUGCAGAAGAAUUUAAAAUUGCCAGCUUUGUGGACAUGGUUCGAGAUUGUAGUAGAAUUGGCAUUCCUUACAGCUCCCAAGGUCACUUGCAGAUAUUUGAUAUGUUUGUAGUAGAGAAAUGGCCAAUUGUACAGGCCUUUGCACUUGAGGGCAUUGGAGGGGAUGGAUUUUUUACCAUGAAAUACGAGUUGCAGGAUGUGAGUUUGAGUCUAUGGAAUGUCUACAGCAAGAUGGAUCCUAUGUCUCUGGAGAGUUUGCUUUCAGAGGAUUUGGUGGCUUUUGAACAUCAGUGGACUAGCUUCUUUGCUAAUUUUGAUAUGGAAAUUCCUUUCCUGCUGGAACUUUCUGAAUCUCAGGCGGGUGAGCCAUUCAGAAGUUACUUCAGUCAUGGAAUGAUCUCCAGCCAUAUAACUGAAAACAGCCCUAAUAGGCAGCCGUUCGUUCUCUUUGGUAAUCACUCCACACGAGACAAUCUGAAUGCUGGCAACUUUAACUUCCCUUCUGAAGGGCAUCUGGUACGCAACACUGGUCCCAAUGGGAGCUUUGCCAAACACAUGGUAGUACAGUGCAUCUCACCAAAGGGACCCCUUGCUUGUUCAAGAACAUACUUUUUUGGAGCUACUUAUGUUCCUUACUUGGGUGAUGAGAAUAAGCUGCCCAAGAAAACUGAACAAAUGCUCUUGUCCCAGGUGUAUGCUGCUGUUAUAGAGGCUGUUUUGGCUGGCAUUGCAUGUUAUGCUAAAACUUCCAGUCUAACAAAGGCGAAGGAGGUAGCCGAGCAGACCCUGGGAUCUGGGUUAGAUUUCUUUGAGUUGAUGCAGUUUAAGGCAGCCCUACGCUCCAGGAUGGCUUUUCACAUCCAUGCUGUGAAUAAUCAGGGAAGGAUUGUGCCUCUGGACAGUGAAGAUAGCUUAUACUUUGUAAAGACGGCUUGUAUGACUGUGUAUGACAUUCCUGACUUACUGGGAGGAAGGGGGUGCUUAGGGUCUGUGGUCUUCUCAGAAUCCUUCUUGACAUCUCAGAUCGUGGUUAAAGAAAAGGAUGGCACUGUUACCACAGAAACCAGCUUCAUAGUCCUGACAGCGGCCAUACCCAGAUUCUGCUCCUGGCUGGUAGAAGAUAAUGAAGUAAAAUUGUCUGAGAAAACCCAACAAGCAGUAAAGGGGGAUGCCAGUUUCCUGGGUACUUUUCUAACAGAAGGAGAAGGAGCAUAUCUUUAUUCCAGCAAUCCACAUUCUUGGCCUGAGGAAGGGAAGGUGCACUUCUUCUCUAGUGGUCUUCUUUUUUCUCACCGUCAUCAUGGGAGUAUCGUCCUUUCCAAGGAUCACAUGAAUUCCAUUUCGUUCUAUGAUGGGGACUCCACAAGUGUUGUUGCUGCCCUUCUGAUAGACUUCAAAAGCUCAUCACUUCCUUAUCUCCCAGUUCAUUUCCAUGGAUCAAGCAAUUUUCUGAUGAUUGCCCUGUUCCCCAAAUCAAAGAUAUACCAAGCAUUUUACUCAGAGGUCUUCUCCCCCUGGCAACAGCAGGCUAACUCAGGGCUGUCUUUAAAAGUGAUCCAGGAAGAUGGAUUAUCUGUGGAACAAAAGAGAUUACACUCCAGUGCCCAGAAGCUCUUCAGUGUCCUGGGCCAUUCUGCUGGGGAGAAACAGAGUCCUCUAAAGGUCCUCCCAGCCAAACUUCCAGAGCUAGACUGGUUUCUUCAGCAUUUCGCCAUCAGCAGCAUUAGUCGGGAGCCUGUGAUGAGUACCCAUCUCCCUGUCCUGCUACAGCAAGCCGAAAUCAACCCUGUUCACCGAGUAGAAAAUGACAAGGUAAUUGUCAGCAUUGUAACUGGCCUCCCAGGCUGUCAUGCUAGCGAGCUCUGUGCUUUUCUGGUCACUCUGCAUAAGGAAUAUGGCAGGUGGAUGGUAUACCGCCAGAUCAUGGAUAGUUCUGAAUGUUUUCAUGCUGCCCACUUCCAAAGAUACCUUUCCAGCGUCCUAGAGGCUCAGCAGAACCGUUCUGCCCGCCAGUCAGCCUACACCCGUAAGAAGACCCGACUGUUGGUGGUGUUGCAAGGCUACACAGAUGUUAUUGAUGUCGUCCAGGCCCUGCAGACCCAUCCGGACUCAAAGGUCAAGUCCUCCUUCACCAUUGGUGCCAUCACGGUGUGCGUGGAUCCCCUGAGCUGCUACAUGGAGCACAGAUUUCUCUUUCCUAAAUGUCUUGACCAGUGUUCACAAGGCCUGGUGAGUAACGUCGUGUUCACCAGUCAUACCACGGAGCAGAGGCACCCUCUCCUUGUCCAGCUGCAGAGCCUCAUCAGGGCUGCCAAUCCUAUUGCAGCCUUCAUUCUUGCAGAAAAUGGGAUUGUCACCAGGAAUGAAGACAUUGAGCUGAUUCUCUCGGAAAAUAGUUUUUCAAGUCCUCAGAUGCUACGGUCUCGAUAUUUAAUGUACCCUGGCUGGUAUGAAGGUAAAUUUGAUUCUGGAUCAGUCUUUCCACUAAUGGUUCAGAUCUGCGUAUGGUUUGGUCGUCCCUUGGAGAAGACUCGCUUUGUGGCCAAAUGUAAAGCAAUUCAAUCUUCCAUCAAGCCAAGUCCCUUCUCUGGAAACAUCUACCACAUCCUGGGCAAAGUGAAGUUUUCAGACUCUGAGAAGGCCAUGGAGGUCUGCCACAACACUCUGGCCAAUUCUUUGAGCAUUGUCCCGGUUUUGGAAGGACCCUCGCCACCACCUGAUUCCCGAAGCACACCUCAAGAUAGCAACGGGCAGCAGGAGUGUUACCUCGUGUUCAUCGGCUGCUCCCUGAAGGAAGAAAGCGUGAAGGACUGGCUGCGGCAGUCAGCUAAGCAGAAGCCUCAGAGGAAAGCCCUGAAGACCAGGGGAAUGCUGACCCAGCAAGAGAUCAGGAACAUCCACGUGAAGCGCCAUCUGGACCCCCUGCCCGCAGGCUACUUUUACAAUGGCACACAGUUUGUCAACUUCUUUGGUGACAAGACUGAUUUUCAUCCACUCAUGGACCAGUUCAUGAAUGACUACGUAGAAGAAGCCAACCGGGAAAUUGAGAAGUAUAACCAAGAGCUGGACCAGCAGGAGUAUCACGAUCUCUUUGAACAGAAGCCCUAGGGGAAGGCUGGGCCAUAUGUCCUGGAAAACGUCCACCCUGGAGGGGGACGUUUAGAAAUGGGAUAACGGAACCUCAGCUCUCCCAGGCCCCUCCCUAAAGGGGCUGUCUUUGUUCUUCUUGGCCUUUGUGUACUGGCUUGAGUGCAUGUUGUCUUUAUUCUCUAUACAGCGCUGAAGAGCAUCACCUGCACCACUGAUGGGGGUGGGGGUGGGGGGUCCUCAUGAACAAUGAGCAGAUAAGGACUGCCCUGUUUGUGUGGCUGGCAGCCGGAGCCUCCGGUCUCUAGUCUCCGGCCCGGAGCCUCUGGGUCUCUGGUAACAGUAUCUCCUUUGGGCUGCUGAGGCACUGUGAUGGUGGGGAGAAGUGUUUGUUACACAGGGGAGCUGUUGGGAUGCAGAAGGAACCCUGGCUGCCUCAACAGUGGCCAUGCUCUGGGAGACCAAGCCACCACAGGCACUGGCCUCAGACACUGCCCCAGGAGAGCCCUGUCCCCAGUGGAGAGUGCCUGUCUUCCCGCUUAGUCCCCUUGCAUUGAAGGAGCAGGCCCUGCUGGCCUUGAGCCCAGUCCUGGAGGGGUGCAACCCAAGCCCUGUGCCAGCCCCACCCACAGGGCCAGCAGCUUGGGCUAAGAUGAGGGGAUGUCCCUUACAGGCUAAACUGAAGGGAAAGGCAUGUUGCUUUCCAGAAGCAUGUGGCUUUUGAAUUGAUACAAGCGGUCUCCCUGGAGGUUGAUUUUGAGCUCCUCUUGUGGCCUCACUGUGGUUUGCCUCAUUCUGGGGCAAGAGCAAACCUGCUGCUUCAGCCUCCCUGUGAUGCCUUCCCUUGCUUUUGAGGGAAACACCUGCAACCGCUUAGUCUUGGGCCCGGGGCUCUCAUCUUGUGGGGCAUCCCAGAAUGGGGCUCAUUCUCCAGCUCCCAGCCCUCCCUUGAGCCUUGCCAGGGAAGCCUUGGUUUGCAGCCACAAACUUCAGGAAACUUAAUGUCCCCAAGCAUUGUUGCUGGCCCUAGACUUGUUUGGCUCCGUUAACUGGGAAUUUCAAAGAAUUCCAAUAUCCAAUUUAGAAUUCCUUUCAGGGUCUUUGUUUUCAGCUGGACUGUAAACCAGAGGAGAAUUACAAAUGCAUCCCGUACCUGACUUCCAGAAUUAGAAUUAUGGGGGAGGGGGAGGUCACAGGCGCUGAUAUUUGGACAAUGUCUGUUAGGACUUCAGCGCCUCAGCUGCCUAGACUGUAAAUGCUUUCUGAAUUUUUUUUUUUUUUUUUUUUGCAUGCCUUAGGAAGAAGCACAUAGACAAAACCAGCAAAGUUUCCAGUAAUGUAGAGGGGUUUUUGAGAACAGCCCCUGGCACAGAGGAGAGACUGAGAAAGGAUGGAGCACAUGUGGUCUGUGUGCCUGGUCACUCAGAGGCCUCCAUGCAAGUAGCAAAGCAGGUGUUAAGGGCUUGUCAGUAAAAUGUACUUGUAUUAGAAAAAAAUAAUCUGCAUUUGAAGCCAAAUGAACAAAACUCCAAAUACCACUAAGUAAGAAAUCUUGCAUGAAGAAAGCCUUCUGAAAAGGCCCAUGUGCUCCAGUCCCAGCUCCCAAAGCUGGUGGUGACAAGGGUCCAGGUGUGGAGCCCACAUUUGGGAGCACCUCACUUCUGUUUGGCCAGAGGCUGGGGUCCACAAUGGGCCUGCCUCUGCUUCAGAAUCAAUAACAUAGAUCUUAAGUGCAAUUGAUGAAAUAAGCAAUGAGUUACUGUAGCUUCUUUUAGCUCUACUGAGCUCUUUUUAAAAACUCAAACUUGAGCAGCCUUAGAAAAGGGAGAAGUGGGGUGGGUG